AUGCUUGAAUUUCAAGAAUUAUUUUCUGUACAAAUAUUCUUUAUAAUACUACGAGAGACUUUAGAAACUGCCAUUAUAAUAUCUGUAUUAUUAUCAUUUAUAAAUCAAAGAUCCCAUAAACAUGAUUCAGAACAAAAUGAAGCAAAUUUACAAACUAGUAUAGGUCCACCGACUACUAAUACAAAUAGUAGUUAUUGUCAAGUCCAAAAAAAAUUAAAAUUACAAGUUUGGAUUGGCGCUAUAUUGGGACUAGUCAUAUGUUUCAUAAUUGGCCUAAUUUUCAUAUUAGCAUUUUAUUUCAUUGGAAAAGAUUAUUGGUCAUAUACUGAAAGAGUAUGGGAAGGUGUUUUUUCCAUUUUAUCAAGUAUCAUAAUAACAGUAAUGGGGAUAGGAUUAUUACGUAUAAAUAAAGUUAUGAAAUUAAAGUGGUGGAUCAAAUUAGGUGAUGCAUACAAUACAAAUAAUCAAAAUAAUGAACAAGAAGAAAUAUUAAAUGAGGAAGGAGAAUAUGAAAUUGCUAAAGUUGCAGAAGAAAAUGUUUUGGAACCUAUUGAAGAUGAUGAAAGUUUACCAAAUGAUGAAUUAGUAAAUGGUGAUAAUAAUAGUUAUGGAGGUACUAGAUCAAGUUCAGAAUCUGAAAGUGUCCCAUUAACUUCGUCAAAUGGGAGAUCAAACUCGAAAUCAUUAUCGAGAAGAUCAUCAACCACCAUUGGUCAAAAGAAAAAGGGGUUUACCAAAAAAUAUUUUUUAGCAAUAUUACCAUUAGUUACUACAUUAAGAGAGGGUUUAGAAGCAGUUGUAUUUAUUGGAGGCAUUGGAAUGUCAUCUCCACCUUCAUCUAUCCCACUAUCAAUCAUAUGUGGAAUAUCAUUAGGUUCAUUUAUUGGAUAUUUAUUAUAUAAAGGAGGUAACAAAUUAUCAUUACAAUAUUUUUUAAUUUUUUCAACUUGCUUUUUAUAUAUAGUAAGUGCAGGAUUAAUGAGUCGAGGGGUUUGGUUUUUGGAGUUGGAAUCAUACGUAAGAAAAUGUGGUGGAUUAGAUGUUAGUGAGACAGGUAGUGGACCUGGUUCUUAUGAUAUUUCAACCAGUGUGUGGCAUGUAAAUUGUUGUAAUGGAUUAAAAGAUGGAUGGUGGAUGGUUUUAAACGCAUUAGUUGGUUGGACAAAUAGUGCUACUUAUGGAAGUGUUAUUACAUAUUUUUGUUACUGGUUAUUUGUUAUCAUAUGGCUUAAUUUAAGAUUAUAUGAAGAAAAAACUGGAGUAUUACCAUUUAUACCAAUAAAAUGGCAAUUGAAUAGAAUCAAGAAAAAGAUUAAGCUUUAUGAAUUAAGAAAUAGUCAAAGUUUAGAUACUAUGAAUCAAAUUCAACAAGAAAAUAUUGAAGCUCAAGCUGAAUCUCAAGGUUUAUUGCAAUAG